UUGAGAGCUAUGCCUGGUCGUCUGGCCGUCUUUGCUUCUUUUUUCAUCCACUUUCUAUUCCUUGGCAAUGUAAGCUCUUUCGUCAUUCUCUACGUGUAUCUACAGAGAGACUUCCACGCUUCUGAGACAGAAACAGGAUGGGCCGGGUCCAUAACAUGGGCCGCCAUGAACCUUCUGGCUCCCCUUGCAAGCGCCCUCUACGUCCGGAUCGGUUGUCAACGAGUGAUUCUGAUUGGUGUACUCAUAGCGUCCCUGGGUCUACUCCUGACGUCAUUCGCUACCGAGCUGUGGCUGGUUUACAUCACUUAUGGGUUGAUGUUUGGGGCGGGGAGUAAUUUUGCUUUCACGGCCACUUUGAAUGUGAUCACUGAGUACUAUCCGGGGGAGAAUAACUUACGGGCCACAUCGAUGGCGUCUUGCGGCCAACCGCUAGGUCUGCUUGUCAUCAGUGCUUCAUUGGAGCGGGCCUGUUUCUUCCUGGGGUGGAGGAACGGUAUCCGCAUCGUGUCUGGCUUCACGCUAGUAUUUGGAGUCAUCUGCACCAUCUUAUCUAAGCCUUACCAAUCUCCAAAACAGUUAUCCACUCCAAACUCUUCGGAUGAGGAGUGUCCAUCCAAGCCAGGAACUAGCUCUAAUGAGCUUACUGCCGACGGUAAGGUAGUGAGUAAUGGUGUCACGCCCUCUGCCGAGCAGUCUCCGGGUGAUGACAAACCACCCACCUCAAGAGUGGUACGGGGCAAAAACUAUAAGGCCGUGCCUUUUAAAGAUGAAGGCGAAGUCAUAGCAGAUGUGGAUAACUCACGCCACCAUCACCUCACGGAAAAUCCACCUCCACAGUCUUUGAACGGGUCACCGCAUGCUUACUCAAGUCAUUUCAAAAUAAGCGCGAAAAACCGGUUAGACUUCCUCAGGUCCUCUGAGGGCCACCACCGAUCACUGACGAGACUCAACUUCCCAGACGCAAAGACUGAUACAAAUCUAAUACCAGCGAUGUCGUCAAGUACACCUUGUCUAAGUUCUGUUAAUAGAGAACUCCUUCACGAUCACCACCAGAGGUUCCCGAUCAGUUGGGAGCAUUGGAGAGAUGAAAGCUGCGUCGAUGAUCCGGAAGAAUUCGUCAGCUUUACAAGGAGGUACUUAAGACUGCUUCGUUUACCCGGGCAUUGGUUCUUCUUCAUUGGUAUAGUUAGUUCGUCGCUGGCGGCGCUAUUCAACGUCAUCCAUUUGGUGAAAUUCGCCGUGAGUAUCGACAUAUCUGAGAAGACGGCAUCCAACCUUCUUAUCGGUAUGGCAGGUAUGGAAAUAGUCGCCAGGUUGCCGUUUAUAAUAUUCGGUAACCGACUUUCGGUUAAUCGGAAUAUAGUCAUCGCUGUGGCUUGCGUCAUGGGGGCGUUUGCUACGUACGCCCUGGCCAUGUGGGCGUCUCUGCACAUCAUGAUCGUCUACGUCAUUGUCUUAGGCGCUGUUCGUGGGAUUCUAUACGGUGUGUGCUGCGGAGCGACCAUUGAUACAUUCGGGUCGGAUCGUGCUCUGGAGAGUUACACCAGCCUACUCAUAUCCUUUGGGCUAGCUGGAGGGAUGGUAUCUACUGUAGGAGGAAUCAGUACUGACAUCACAGGUUCUUUCACCAUCUCGCUUCACAUUAUCGCUGCGCUAUUUCUACUCUCUGCUCUUCUUUUCAUCUGCACUUACGUAUGGAGGAGGAGAAAUCCCCUCAUUGGUCAACAGGAACACGUGACAUGUGACGUCAAUGCAAAUAAGAGUGGUGACGCGAAGGAUGCGGGUCAACUGGCCACAAACGGUACCUCGUCCACUGGAGAAACUGUGUAAGAUUUUAUUUUUGAAACUUUCAGUAAAUUAAGAAUAUUUAUUUAAAAUAUUAUUACUGGAGAAGUUGCGUGAUUGGAUUGAUGAAAUUUGUAUUGAUUUAGAAUAUUGAUUAAGAAUAUUACUGGAUGUUACCCAGUUACGAUGAGUGAUUAGCACUGAACAGUGAGACUGUGUUGAGAAAUUGUCGAAGUUCUUGAGGGUUAUUUUAAUACCGUCCUUUAAUAAGUUUUGGUACAUGAAGGAUGCAUUCAGAAAUGCAUGAGUAAACUGUAAUAAAAGUGUUACAGUUCUGAUAGGUCUCAGGACAAAAAAAAAGUAGUUACAGGGCGCCCUCUCUUGAGAUUUUUAAGGUGCUCACAAGCUCAUUGGACUGCGGAUCGGUGGAUUGUACCUGCGGAUGUGCGUACGUUGUCGCGCGAUAUUAUUCCCAUUUUUACCAAUGGUAUUGAAGGUGUUGGGAUGAUUACAAUAAUCUCAAUAGGGGACUUUUGGGACGCUUGGUGGCAGCAGACUUACCAGGUUAAUUCCAUUGUUCUCGGUAAUGUGCGCCUGCUCAGAGCUACGUAAACAAUGGAAAUUUAUCUGGUAGGUCUGCUGCCACCUAGCAUUCCAACGUCUCCCAUUGUUGUCGGCGUGUAAGCUUCAAUUUUAAAACCAUUGUUUGGAGGUUCACG